CUUAUUUGCACUGACGUAAUCAUCCAAUAUUGGCAUAGUUCUGAGAGACAGGACUUGGACGAUCAGCAGGCUCGUGGUGGGGGUGGUGCUGCCACCAUCUCUAUAUAGGGAACUGAGCCAGGUGCCCAAGCUGUCCUGUGGCAUCUCAGCAUGGCUCGGGCAUGGGGCACACCCAUUGCACUAGGGUUGUUGGGCCUGUGGUGGUCUCUGGCUGUUGCCCACCCUCUUCCUCCGGACGGUACCCCUGGGAACAGGACCAAAGGUGGGAGCGAGACCAGAGUGAAACCAGACGUGACCGAACUCUGCUUGGAUGGCUGGAGCUUUGAUGCUAUCACCCUGGAUGAACAUGGGGCCAUGCUGUUUUUUAAAGGGGAGUUUGUGUGGAAGAGUCACACAUGGGUCCGGGAGUUAAUCUCAGAGAGGUGGAAGAAUUUCACCAGCCCCGUGGAUGCCGCAUUCCGCCGUGGUCACAACAGUGUCUUCCUGAUCAAGGGAGACAAAAUCUGGGUGUAUCCUCCUGAGAAGGAGAAAGGCUAUCUGAAGUUGCUCCAAGAAGAGUUUCCUGGAAUCCCAUCACCGGUGGAUGCAGCUGUGGAAUGUCACCGUGGGGAAUGCAAAGCAGAGGGUGUCCUCUUCUUCAAAGGUAACCAAACGUGGUUCUGGGACUUGGCUACGGGAACCAAAAAGGAGCGCUCUUGGCCAGCUGUUGGGGAAUGCUCCUCUGCCCUGCAGUGGCUCAGCCACUACUACUGCUUCCGGGGUAACCAGUUCCUGCGCUUCCACCCCAUCACGGGAGAGGUGCUUCCCAAGUACCCUCUGGAUGUUCGAGACUACUUCAUACCCUGCCCUGGCAGAGGCCAUGGACACAGGAAUGGGACGGGCCAUGGGAAUGACACCCAUCAUGGCCGUGGGGAUAUGCGCUGUAGCCCAUAUCUAGCCUUGUCUGCACUGCUGACUGACAGCCAUGGUGCCACAUAUGCCUUCAGUGGUGAGAGAUGCCUCCUGACGCCCCCACUUCUGCCCUCCAUCCCUCCUGUCUCUUCCAUGUGUCCCCCAUCGCUGAUAGACUUCCUCCAUUUUCAUCACUGCAUGCCUCAUUUUGUCCCCUUGAAUCCCAUCCUUAGCAUCCUCGGCAUGCAGUUUUUUAUCCCUCAUCUCCUCUGAUGCAUAUUGUUCAACUUUGUCUCUCAUUUCCCAGGCCUCUAAUUUCAUCUACCUGUUUACCUCACAGUACUGUCUACUCUUGGGUCUGUGCCCUCUUUAUGUCCCUAGGACUCCUCAUAUUCCCUUUGCUCUUGCAUGUCUUGCCAGGUCCUCUAGCUCCCCUUAGGAGCUCCAUCUUUUUCCAAGUGCCUCUUCGUUCUUAGCUCAGGCUUCUGGGCACAGCAUUACCUGGGGAUGAGAUGUUCCUAUUGCUGAGAACCAGCCAAGAAAUUUUGGGUCCCUUAGACCUUUAGGAGAUAGAUUUGCUGGCCUGAGGACAUUUUCACUCUCAGUGACCAGAGAGAUACCCCUCUCCAGACCUGUGGCAUUAAUUGGUAAAAGCCAUACCUAGGGAUGUUCUGGUGUUAGUCAGGCAGAUAGUGAUGAGUCUUGAUCCACCCUUGAGAAUAGCUCCAAGAGAAGGAGUAAACAAUACUCAGCCUAAGACAUAUGUAUGAUCAGAUACAAAUGUAAAAUAGUGGUGAGAACAUAGAACAGUGAAAAUCCUUUUUUGCUCCUAACCCCUGGACAAAUCUGAUCAGAUAUAACUACCAAGCUAUAAUAAAAAGACACAGUCAUGAGGAGAGUAUAUCCCUACAACAGGAAUGCAUGUUGUCAUGAGAACAUUCAUCCAUGAUGAAACACAUACCUGCAGCGAAAAUAUAGACUUACACUGAGAAUAUAUGCCAUAGUAAGAACACAUAAUUAUCAGAACAUGCAGCUAUGGUGAGAGCAUGGGACCAUUGGGAGGACAGACAGAAAAAGUGAGACACAGAGAGAGGUAGGUAGGUAGGUAGGUAGAUACUGAGAAAACAGGGCCACAGGGACCACAUAAAGAUGUAGAGAGAAUACCCAGCCAUGGAGAGAUCACAGAACCUCCAGGCCAUGUGGCCAGGAAUAGAAUGCAGCUGAACUCCUAAAUCAAAAGUAUUAGGUAUGUUUCCUAGCUGAUGAGAGAACCCUGUUACGUUAAAAAUCCCCCGCUGAGGGGAGAACUCACCACCUUGGUGACAACACUACUGUGACCCAGCUACUCAGCAUAGGGCUGGUCCUCUCCCUUCUCUGAUAUAUCUUUCUCUUUUCUCUGCCUCCUAGCUUCUUACCCAUUCUUUCUGCUUUUUCCCAAUGUUGGCUUGCACAAGGCCCAUCAUGCCCUCUCCCUUCUCCUAUUCAUGAUCUUUCAGCCUCAGGUCCAACUGGGAACUGCCUCUGUUGCUCUCUUUUCCUAGUCGGGUUGCCAGAGAGGAAAUCUGACUGACCCAGCCCAUAUUUUUAUUCUACACCACACUGAAGUGGUUACUGGUCAGUCUGUGCCUUACCUGGUGAUGCAUCAGGGGUUCAUCACUUAUUUUGUUGGGGAAUGCUCCUCUGCCCUGCUCAUUCUCAAAAUAGGGGUAGUUUCAAGAGGAGGUGAAGGUGGAUAUGUGGUCACUAUGAUAUGCCCAGUAAACAGCUAUAAAGGGAACUUGUGGCUAUAGUGAGAACAUCAGCUAUUUAUGCAACAAAUAUUUAUUGAGCACCUGAGAAGCACUGGGCGUAGUUCUAAGCACUGGGAUACAGUAGCCAACAAUGGCAGACAUGCCCUCAUAGAGCCUGAUAGAGGGAGAGAGGACAAUAAGAAAGAGAAAGAAGAGUUGGGAGGCUGAUGUGAACGCAGUAAGGUGAUUUGAAGUCGAAAAUGUAUCUGCACUGAGAUAUUUUAAAAUAUUUCUUAUUGCUUUUAAAUGUGUGAGUAAAAAAUGAAACGUCUCAAAAAAAAAAAAAAAGAAAGAGAAAGAAGAGAUACUUUUAGGUAGUUGUGAAGUGUUCUGGGAACAUCAGGAUGUUUCUUAUCCUCAAAUACCAUUUGGAGCUGGUAUAAAUGGAUUUUAAAAAUUGUUGAUGUUUUGAAAUAUAAAAUAAAAAAUGUUAGGUGUCAAAAAAAGCUGUGAAGAAAUUAAGACAAGAUAAUGGGAUAGAGUUGAGGAAAGUGAGGGGCCCCUUCUUUGAAGAGAUGCUUUUUGAGCUGAGAUUUCAGUAAUAAAAAGGCAUUAGGUAAAUAAGAUGAAAUCAGAGAGGGAGGCAAACCAUAAGAGAC